AUGGAGGAUCUCUGCAGUGUCAGUGGUCUGGAUCCUCUCUGGGAUUGGAACUUGACGUGGUACACCUCCCGGCCGGACCUGACCCAGUGUUUCCAGCACACUGUGCUGGUGUGGUUCCCCUGUGUUUACCUGUGGACCUUUUCACCUCUUUACCUGCUGUACCUGCAGCUCCGCCCACACCGCGGUGUCAUCCCAUUAUCCAAGCUCUGCUCCUGCAAAACGCUUCUGGGUCUCAGUCUGGCUUCAUUUGGUCUUUUGGAGAUUUUCUACCUACUGGUGAAGAAGAAUGAAGAGAUCCAGAACCACCUGUUGAUCCUGAUGGGUCCAGUGAUUCGGAGCCUCACUCUGGUUCUUGCUGUUGUUAUAAUCCAGGUAGAGAGGAUAAAAGGCAGUCGUUCAUCCAUCCUCCUCUUCCUCUUCUGGACUUUUCUUGUUCUUUGCUCCUUUGUUCCUCUGAAGGUUGAUGUUGAGCAGAUUAUUGAUCAGGGUUUUUCCUCAGAUGGAUUUCGUUUUGUGGCGUUCUUCGUCUGUUUUUCCCUCCAACUCACCGAGCUCAUCCUAAGCUGCUUCUCUGACCACCGACCACUCUCUGAAAAACACACCUACAUCCAGGUAAACCAAUGUCCAGAAGAAGAUGCCUCAUUUCUCUCCAGGUUUUUCUUCUUCUGGUUUAGCAGUUUGGUGGUUCGGGGUUACCGUUGCCCCCUGCAGGCUGCAGACCUGUGGCCUCUGCGGGACCAAGACUCAUCCAGGUGGAUCAUGGCAGACUUGGAAAAGCUGUGGCCUCAACCCUGCAAACAGCCGCAGGAGGACCCUGCUGUUUCUGGACCAUCCUGGGCACGAUCCCUGUCCCGGUCCUGGUCUAGUGGUUCUGCAACAGCAACAGAAAAAACACAGCUGCUAAGGAAGAACAGGGAGGGGCAGUGGGGCUAUGGCCUCUACCUCCUGCGCACUCUGGGGCGGAGUUUUGGGCUUUACUUCCUCUGUGGGACGGUGUGUCUCCUCCUGCACGAUGCCUUCAUGUUUGCUGUGCCACAGGUGCUCAGCUUGUUGCUGGGCUUCAUGCGGGACAAAAACGCUGAGAUGUGGAAAGGUUUCCUGUUUGCCUCGCUGCUCUUCCUACUCUCCUGUCUGCAGUCUCUCCUCCAUCAUCACUAUAUGUUUCACUGCUUCACUGUCGGAAUGAGGCUGAAGACUGCCAUCAUAGGCCUCGUCUACAGGAAGUGUCUGAUGAUCAGCAGUGCAGCUCGUCGGCAGUGUACUUUGGGAGAAAUCAUUAAUCUGGUUUCAGCCGACACUCAGAAACUGAUGGACUUUGUGGUUUAUUUCAACAGUAUUUGGGUCAAUCCGAUCGAGAUCGCACUCUGCUUUUACUUCCUGUGGCAGCUCCUUGGUUCGUCUGCUCUUGCUGGUAUUGCUGCAGUUGUUUUGCUCUUCCCUCUGAAUGGAUUCAUCGUGAAAGUGAGAAGCAAACUUCAGGAGGUUCAGAUGAAGUUCAUGGAUGGUCGGAUCAAACUGAUGAAUGAGAUCCUGAGUGGUGUGAAGAUACUGAAGUUUUAUGCCUGGGAGGAAGCUUUCCUGCGACGUGUUGGCAUCCUGAGAGAUGAAGAACUCAAUGCCCUGAAGAAAUCUCAGAUCCUCCACUCUGUGUCUCUGGCUUCCUUCAACUCCUCCUCCUUCCUGAUCGCUGUUUCAAUGUUUGGUGUUUAUGUGUUAAUUGAUGAGCGAAAUGUUCUGGAUGCACAGAAAAUCUUUGUUUCUGUCGCUCUCAUCAACAUCCUGAAAACUCCUCUGAGUCAGCUUCCCUUCGCCAUGAGCACCACCAUGCAGGCCAUCAUCUCACUCAGACGUCUGGGAAAGUUCCUGUGCCAAGACGAACUGAAGCCUGACAAUGUGGAGAGACUUCCUAAUAGUGCAGAUGGAGACAGUGUGGUGAUCAAGGGCGGGUCCUUCUCCUGGAUGAAUGAUGGGCUGCCGUGUCUACAGAGAAUCAACAUAAAGGUGAAGAUGGGAUCCCUGGUGGCCGUAGUUGGACAUGUUGGCUCAGGGAAGUCAUCUCUACUAUCUGCCAUGUUGGGAGAGAUGGAGAGGAGGAGUGGCUUCGUAUCAAUCAAGGGUUCAGUGGCCUACAUCCCCCAGCAGGCCUGGAUCCAGAAUGCCUCUCUAAAAGACAACAUUUUGUUUGGUGGAGAGAGGAAGGAGAGCUGGUACCAUCGUGUGCUGGAGGCCUGUGCUCUUCUGCCGGACCUGGACAUUCUGCCGGCUGGAGACAGCACCGAGAUUGGGGAGAAGGGUCUGAACCUGUCUGGAGGUCAGAAGCAGAGGGUGAGUCUAGCUCGGGCCGUCUACAGGAAGUCAGAUGUUUACCUGCUGGAUGACCCGCUGUCAGCCGUUGAUCCGCAUGUAGGACAGCACAUCUUCGAUCGGGUCAUUGGACCCAGAGGACUCCUCAAAGACAAGACCAGGGUGCUGGUAACUCAUGGCUUCAGCUUCCUGUCCAAAGCAGACCUUGUCCUGGUGAUGGAGGAGGGUCAGAUCUCUGAGAUGGGCUCUUACACAGAGCUGAUGGACAGGAAGGGAGCCUUUGCCAAGUUCAUACACACCUUCAAUGUAACCCAGUGCAGAGAGAACUCCACCCCCAGAGCAGGCAGCAGGAAGGCUGUACCUCGUCCCAGCAUGACUGAUUUCUCCAUUGAUCUUUCUCAGGAGCAGCUGAUCAGCCAUGAUAUGAGUAGUGCAAGUGUUCAGAUGAUGGAGGCCGAUCAGGACAUCGACAACGAGGACGCUGGGAAACUUACAGAAGCUGACAAGGCUCACACAGGGAGGGUGAAGCUGCAGAUGUAUAAAGAGUACUUCAGGACCGUUGGCUUGACCUUCAUCAUGACCAUCAUCUUCCUCUGUGCCUUCCAGCAGGCCGCCUCGUUGGCUUACAAUUACUGGCUGAGCCUGUGGGCCGACGAGCCGUCUGUCAAUGGCACACAGAGUGGACACGAACUGAAAUUGUGUGUGUUUGCAGCUCUCGGCUUCACUCAGGGGUUGGCCACAUUUGGUACAACGCUCGGCAUCGCUCUAGGUGGUAUCGUAGCAUCCCGACACCUUCAUGCUGAUCUCCUCCACAGUGUCCUGCACUCGCCCAUGUCCUUCUUUGAGGUGACGCCAAGUGGAAACCUCCUGAACCGCUUCUCCAAAGAGAUCGAUGCCAUUGACUGCAUGAUUCCUGAUGGGCUGAAGAUGAUGCUGGGCUACCUAUUCAAGCUGCUGGAGGUCUGCAUCAUUUUGUUGCUGGCCACACCCUUCACAGGGCUGGUGCUCCUACCCCUCACCUCUGUCUACAUGUUUAUACAGAGUUUCUAUGUGGCAUCAUCAUGUCAGCUGCGACGACUGGAGGCUGUCAGUCGCUCGCCAAUCUACACACACUUCAACGAGACAGUUCAGGGUGUCACUGUUAUCCGAGCCUUUGGCGAACAACCACGCUUUGUCCUGCAGGCCAACCGUCGCAUCGAUAAUAACCAGGAAGCAUAUUUCCCUCGCUUUGUUGCCACCAGGUGGCUUGCGGUGAAUCUGGAAUUUUUGGGGAAUUUGUUGGUUUUGGCUGCAGCCAUUCUGUCAGUGCGAGGUCGGGAUGAACUCAGCCCAGGAAUUGUGGGAUUGGCAGUGUCACAUUCUCUCCAGGUGACAGGAAUCCUGAGCUGGAUUGUUCGAUCCUGGACUGAUGUGGAGAACAACAUUGUGUCAGUGGAGAGAGUCAAAGAAUACCACAACACACCAAGAGAGGCAGCGUGGACCCUUGAGGGCAGUUUGCUGCCAGCUGCCUGGCCGACCACAGGAAACAUACAGUUUGAAGACUAUGGACUGCAGUACCGUAAAGGUUUGGACUGGGCUUUAAAUGACAUCUCCAUCAACAUCCAGGACAGAGAAAAGGUGGGGAUUGUUGGAAGGACAGGAGCAGGGAAGUCAUCUUUGGCUUUGGGGAUCUUCCGGAUUCUGGAGGCAGCAAAGGGACGAAUCUUCAUCGAUGGGAUCGACAUUGCUCAGAUCGGUCUUCAUGAUCUCCGCUCCAGAAUCACCAUAAUUCCUCAGGAUCCGGUGCUUUUUUCUGGUUCCCUGAGGAUGAAUCUGGACCCUUUUGAUACACGUUCAGAUGAGGAUCUGUGGAAAGCUCUGGAACUAGCUCAUCUCAGCAGCUUUGUGUCUGCACUGCCACAAAAGCUGAACCAUCACUGCUGUGAAGGAGGAGAGAACCUCAGUCUUGGUCAGCGGCAGUUGCUGUGUUUGGCCAGAGCUCUCCUGAGGAAGACAAGGAUCCUGGUUUUGGAUGAAGCUACAGCAGCUGUGGACCUGAAAACAGACCAGCUGAUCCAGUCCACCAUUCGUACUCAGUUUGAUGACUGUACAGUCCUAACCAUAGCUCACCGCCUCAACACCAUCAUGGACUACACAAGGAUCAUAGUGAUGGACAGAGGCUCCAUUGCAGAGAUCGACUCCCCUUCUCAGCUCAUUGGCCUGCAGGGUCACUUCUAUCAGAUGUGUCUUGAGGCUGGUUUGGCCUGA